UUUAUCAGACUUCAUAAUGUAUAAGCUUUAGAUUAGCAAGCAGGAUAGUGCAAGGGAAGACUCUUGAAGAGGUUCAUGGCUAUCAAAAUCAUCAACGACCAAUCCGGCGGCGUUUUGCCAGAUCGGAAUAUGGCCGAAAGCUUGCUGGUGGCCGGCGACACUGUGGAUGGUGCUGUUGACUACAAAGGCCGCCCUGCCAGAAGAUGCAAGUCCGGCUCUUGGAGAUCGGUGUGCUUCCUCAUAGGUGUGGAAGCUGCAGAAAGGGGUGCUUACUAUGGAAUUCUGUCAAACUUGAUGAACUUCCUAACCAAACAACUCCAUCAGAGCAUGGCCACAGCUGCCUCAAACGUGAACGUCUGGGUUGGGACGACGUCGUUGCUGUCUUUAUUUGCAGCAUUUUUCGCCGAUUCUUAUAUCGGACGCUAUCGCACUAUAAUUGUAGCUUCCUUCACCUAUAUUCUGGGACUAGGGUUGUUGACAUUCUCAACCAUGCUUCCUUCUCUCAUCAAUUGUGAGUCUCAAGUUAGCCACAAAGUGAUCAAACCACGUUCUACUAGGCCACAAGCGAUCCUUUUCUUCAUAGCACUUUAUAUUGUGGCCUUAGGGCAAGGAGGGCAUAAGCCAUGUAUUCAAGCUUUUAGUGCAGAUCAAUUUGAUGAACAUCAUCCAAAGGAGAGCAAAGAAAGAAGCUCAUUCUUCAAUUGGUGGUACUUUUCUUCAUGUGCAUUUUGCUUGUUAACUGUUGGGCUCUCCAACUAUAUUCAGGACAAUCUCAGUUGGGUCCUCGGAUUUGGAAUCCCUUCUCUUCUAUUGGUAGUUGCAUUGGUCACCUUCAUCUUUGGAACUAAGACUUACAGGUUUAUAACCGUUGGAGACCGCAAACAAAACCCUUUUAUAAGGAUUGGUCGUGUAUUCGUUGCAGCUUUAAGAAACUGGAAAGUUAGUACUGUACCAGAUGUCAUGUUCAAAGAGGAAACUUGUGGAACCUUGUCUCAUCCAAGUCCUAGCAGACAGUUCAGCUUCUUAAACAAAGCAUUGCUUGCUCAAAAUGAUUCUUAUGAAGACGUGGUUUUCACCCUUAAAGAAGUGGAAGAAGCAAAGACAAUUCUAAGGCUUGUUCCCAUUUGGACUACAAGUUUGGUCUAUUGUUUAGCUUCCUCUCAAACUAUUACUUUCUUCACCAAGCAAGGGAACACAAUGAACAGAACCAUAUUUCCAGGCUUUGACAUACCUGCAGCUUCUCUUCAACUAAUGCUACCUGGAGCCAUAGUUUUCUUCACUCCCAUCUAUGACUGCAUAAUUGUACAAAUAGCGAGUUCAAUCACUAACAAACCCUACGGCAUCACGACGCUGCAAAGAAUCGGAACCGGAAUGGUCAUAUCGAUAGUUACAUUAGUCAUUGCAGCUCUAGUAGAGAUGAAAAGACUACAAGCAGUGAAAAACUUUGGUCUUAUUGAUGAACCAAAUGCCAUUGUUCCAAUGAGUGUUUGGUGGUUGAUUCCACAAUACUUCUUGUUUGGUGUUGCUGACGUUUUCACUAUGGUUGGUCUUCAAGAAUUCUUCUAUGAUCAAGUCCCAAAUGAACUAAGAAGCAUGGGUUCUGCUUUGUUUUUGAGUAUCUCAGGUAUGGGUUGCUUCCUAAGCAGCUUCAUGAUUUCAGUGGUAAAGAAAUUAAGUAGUGAUGAAGAUGGACAAAGUAAUUGGUUUGAUGAUAACAUCAAUCAAGCACAUCUUGACUAUUUUUAUUGGUUACUUGUAGCAUUUAGUACCAUGGCUUUCGUUGUGUACAUUUUCUAUGCGACAUCUUAUUGUUAUUAUCAAAAAGGGAUCAUAUUACAGUAGUGCAAUUUUUCCUGUGAUUAGAAAAGCAUGGAGAGAUUUGGAUUA